AUGGCAGGUCAUACGGCCGGCGAUCCGUUGGAGUGCUAUAGCAUUCCUAUUGUUCUUCAUAAAGAGCCAGAACGAGAUGACCAUGGUAACCCUGUGGUGGGUACAGAUGGUAAACAGAAAUACCGUUGUGGUUUUCGAAUUGGGGGUGGGAUAGACCAAGACAACACAAAAAGUCCUCAAGGAUACCCAGAUAAAGGUAUUUAUGUGACAUUUAUACAUGAAAAUGGCCCUGCAGCCAGAACUGGUCUUCAGGUGCAUGAUAAGAUCCUUCAGGUAAAUGGUCAUGAUUUGACUGUAGCAACUCACAAAAAGGCUGUGGAGUACAUACAACGGAAACCUGUUUUGAAUAUGCUGGUUUAUAGGAAAGGGGUACCACCAUUGCAGAAGUCACCCAACCAACAACAGACUCAGUUCCAGGCCUACAACCAGCAGGAGUACUCUCCUCAAGCACAAUACCAACAACGGCAAUACUGA